UAUUACAGGUCCUUACGGCGCAUGUGCAAAAGGAAGUGAAAUCAAACGCAACAACAAAUUCAGCCGUAGUAUCGAACUACCAACCUAACAUUCGUGUUGGGGUCACGAGAGAGACGAGGAAACACGAAGACGACAGCUGAAACCGAGUUUUAGAAAGCCAGCACCGGGGCUAAAGUGAAAUAUUUACUUUUCUGAAGUGGAUCAACACACACAGUUGUGGCGCGGCGCACUUCUUCCUGUUGUCAAAGCUGACGCCGAGAUAAGAAACAAUGGAGGGAAUGUGACGGGAGCGUAACAUGGGAGCCUAACUGAAGGUAAACAAGCAGCCGAGGCGGGUUGGUGUUCUACAUGAGUCUGUCGGCAGGAUGUCGUUGAGUUCCGGAGGCUGGGUUCGCGUCCUCGAUCACGCGCCGGACCAGUUCGCCGAUCCCCCCGGCCACCAUGAGGCCUCGCAGUCUCAACUCGGCUGCCAAACCGUCCUCAUGUCGGUUCGGGUGUCGGUGUGCCAUUCUGGUAUUCGGCCGCUGUGUCUUCCGGGAGCGGGCGAUGAGUCACUCCGCCUGCAGCUCGGCAUGGACCCGGGGAAAUCCGGGGAAUUCCGACUGUCGCUCCAGAGCAGCAGCGGGACUGGCCGGAGUGUGACCAUCGCUGAGUUUGAUUUAAAGACUGUAAACUAUGAAGUGAAGUCACCAAAGUGCCACGAGCUCAUUCUUGCGGCUCCCCCGCAUGACCGCAUCAGCUUUAACUUUCGCUGUGAGCAGGAAGCUCAGGAGUGGGCUACUGUCGUGAUGUCUUCGCUUAAAGAAGCGCACAGAGCUGCACCUCAGGAAAAUGGAUCACAUCACCUUUCAGAUGCCCUUCAUGCACACAACACUCUGGCUUUACAACAAACCGAGGAGGCUUGUAUAGAGCUGACCAGAGCCAUAGAGGCCGGUGACAUCAAGUCUGCUUCGGUUUUCGCCUCCAGACUUGCCGGCCAGCACGUCUCACUGAAGAUCCUGCCCACUGCCGACAAAUAUGAAGAUGCUGAAAUCAGUCUGGUUGUUGUGGUGGAGGAUUCAUCGUCUUCCUGCUGCAUCACCGUGAAAGUCUUCCCUCACAUGACUACUGAAUCGUUAAAACAGCAGAUGUUUCUGGAGUACGGCUUUCACCCUCGGGUUCAACGCUGGGUCAUCGGCCAGUGCUUGUGCACCGACAAGCGGUCUUUGGCUUCUUAUGGGAUCCGUCAGGACGGAGACACGGCCUUCUUGUACCUCUUAUCAGCUCGUCACGCUCGCCUGACCCUUCAAGCGCUGCAGCAGGACCAGGAGAGCGCCCUGCUCCGCAGCCCUCCCCUGUCGUUUCAAAACCCUCAGCUCCCUGUAGCCUCCACAAACGGCCUCUCAUCUCGGGACAGGGCUUCGUUCUCCACGCUUCCUUCCAGACUCCGCAGCAGCAGCAAGACCGGAGAGCCAGAACGACUAAAGGUCAGCGAGAUUAGGGACUUCAUCAACCUGGAAAUUCCUCCACUCAAGGAUGAGUCAAACCCCAGCACAUCUUCCACUCAGGGUUGGUCAUGUCCCUCUUGCACUUACAUUAAUAAGCCAACGCGUCCAGGCUGUGAGAUCUGCAGCACAAACCGUCCUGAGAGCUACAUCGUUCCCGGAGGGUACCAGCCCGACGCUCUGGAGCUCAGACGGAUUCAGCAGGAAAAGGAGUCCAUCAGGCAGUACCAGCAGGCAAGAGAGAAGGAGCGAAGGGAAAACUUUGCUCGCCUGGUGAUGAUGGACGGUCAGGAUUUGGUCCCCAACCCGGACCCGGUGGAUUGUAGGAUUUGCUACAUGGAUUUACCGUCGGGGCAGGGUGUCCUGCUGCGGGAGUGUCUCCAUUGUUUCUGCAGAGAGUGUCUACGCUCUGUCAUCAUGCUGAGCGAGGAGCCCGAGGUGUCGUGUCCGUACAGAGACGAUGCAUACUCCUGCGACGGCGUUCUGCAGGAGAGGGAGAUCAAAGCGGUGAGUGGUUAUAGAAACCAGCUUGAUGUGUCGCCCUCUCCGUCCUCAUCCUCCUCUUUCUCUUCACAGCUGGUGUCGGCAGAGGAGUAUGAACGCUGGCUGCAGAGAGGGCUUUCCGUGGCAGAGUCCCGCUGCGAGGGCAGCUAUCACUGUGCCACGCCAGACUGUCUGGGGUGGUGCGUGUACGAAGACACUGUCAAUGUCUUCCACUGCCCAGUCUGCAAGAAACACAACUGCCUCAUUUGCAAGGCUAUCCAUGAAGGAAUGAACUGUAAACAAUACCAGGAUGACCUUGCAGUUCGGGCUAUAAAUGACUCUGCUGCUAGGAGAACAACACAUCUGCUGAAGACCCUUGUGCAGUCAGGCGAGGCCAUGUACUGUCCUCAGUGCGGCAUCAUCGUGCAGAAGAGGGACGGAUGCGACUGGCUGCGCUGCACUGUCUGCCACAUUGAGAUCUGCUGGGUAACCAGGGGGCCUCGGUGGGGGCCGAAGGGCCCCGGAGACACAAGCGGAGGAUGCCGGUGCAACGUCAACAAUCAGAAGUGUCAUCCCAAAUGCCAGAACUGCCACUGAGCGUGUGAACAAACCAAAAUAUCAGAGGAACUCGAAGACUGAACUUGAAUUUGCUCAAAGUCGAUGUGAAACAGUGAAAGAACUAUUCACUUUUACCUGAUGUGUUUGUAAUCUAAUAUGUCCCGUUUAAUGAAGACAUUUCUACCUGCCUGUUAUAUUUCAAUAACCAUCACUUGUUUCUUUGAGCAGGAAUAGUUUUCUGUGUACAACGUGCAGUCUAUAUUGACCUAACUGACCGUAAUCAUGAACAGUAUUUACAGAGGAUAAUUACCUUUGAAUGGUGCCUUUUUUUUCUUCACGUUUGCACUGCAGAUGUAGCUACACAGAUUACAGUGUUCCUGUUUUAA